AUGGCGGACACGGAGAUGCCAUAUUCGUUCGUAACAGUGAUAGCGGAUCAAUUGUUAUGCCUAGUCUCGCCUUUGAUCACAAAUUUUGUCUCUUUGCAAACGGGUAACGUGGUUGGAUCAAUCACCAAUCCUUCCUCUGAAGCGGCAGCAAGAUGUGCAGCUGCAAUCCAAGUACCAUCUGCUUCAACUUCUUCAAAUGAAAGAUUGGAUUGUUUAGUCGCUUUGGCAUGUGAUAAUAAGGAAUUGAGCGUAUACAGAUUGCAAUUCGAUCAAGCUUCAGUUCAGAAUGCAUCCCUGGUCAAAAUAUGGUCGCAUUCCAUGCCAAAACGAGUGAGCAAGAUUCAAUGGGAAGAAGAUAGUUCAGAGGUUGAAAAGAGAAUCGUGAUCGGUGAUAGACAUGGAGACGUGAGGAGCUAUAUUGUUCCCAUCUCCGAAGAUGAACUUUCCGAACCACAGGCAAAACGACAAAAGGUAGAAGAAUCAAAUGGAGAAGAUUCCAAAAAUGCAGAACAAAAGAUGGAAGAUGAAGAAGAUUCAGGAACGUUGCACGUAGGACAUGUAUCCUAUUUGACAGAUUUCGUCUUGUCAUCCUUCACAUCAAAUCCGCCCGAAAACACUCCCGCUUCGUUUCUGAUAACCAGUGAUAGAGACGAACAUAUCCGAAUCUCACGUUGGGGUAACAGAAGGGCGGGGUACAUUGCAUUGCGAUAUCUACUGGGUUCAACACAGGCUAUCGGGGGCAUUUGUGCAAUAGAAGGAAGUUUAUGGCAGGCAGUACAGUCCUCAAAGUUGUUGAACGAACGUGGAGAGAAUGCAAGUCAGUUCCCCUUCCUCAUUUCAGCGGAUCUUAGUACGCUUCGAAUUUGGAGUCUACAUCCGGACAGCAAGUCAAAAGGAAGGAAAGAUUGCUUGGCUGCUGUAUCUCUCGAAGAAGCUUUAUUGCCGUAUGUGAUUGUCGACUCAAAGAAGGAAAGGAAGCGCGAUCAAAUGUUCGGCAAAGGGAAAGUAAGAGUGCCUAGAAAUGAACAAGGUGCACCUAUCUUGACAAAUGGUGUAGAUCAUGUGCCAUUGAUUAUACCAAUUAUCACCAAGAUACGAGCAUUCAUCGAUCCGACCGGUCAAAGUCAGCUAGUCUUUACUGUUGAUGGAGGCAAGGCACUCUUUGUCAUCUCUCUAGCAUCUCUCAUCUCAGCGAGCAAUAGUGACGAAGUGAUCAAAGCACUAAAGCCUUUAGAGACGCCUCUACCUAUUCUGGAAUACACCAUACAUCAACAUGACGCAAUUACAGAUGUCUGGAUGGUCCUUGAUGUGAGGCGGGAAUUUGUCAGCGAUGAAAGCAUGUCAAAGAAGCCAAUUGCUUUGGCCCGCUGGAACGAAGCACAGGGUGGCCUUUCUUUUAUUUCAAAAGACCAACAUCCAAUCCUGCAAUCUGGUGCUUUGGCACUUAAAGCCAGUUGGGACGAUGCUUCGGGUAUGGUAUUAUACGAUGCUCUUACCAUGUUUACCAAGCGUGAUUUCGAGUAUUCCGAAUCCGUUGAUGUGAUCUCUCAAGAUGGCUUGAUAAAAGGAGGUUUACCCAAUCAUGAAACUCCUGGUCGACCUGCAAGUACUACGAAUAAAGAUCAAAGCGAAAAAGUGACGAGAAGACGAGAAUUAGCGCGAGAAGAGAUGAAGAAACGAAUUGAAUCGACAUUGAACAAAUGA